CUGAUUCUUCUCCCAUCCAGAACCCCCUUUCUCCAUUUUCUCUGAUCGUGGGAUCCCUCCUUCAGAUCUGGAUCUGCCUUUCUCCAAAAUUUCUACCUUGGGUGUUUUUGUUUCAUAUUCUGCAAUUUCUCGAUGUUUGGUGCUUAAACUUAUAUGAAUUUGCUAAAAGUGAAUGAUAUUCAAUGAUUCGUUGCUUGUAUGAAUCUGCUCUGCCGCUGGCCUGUUGUCGGACCGGAUCCAUCUGCUUUGCUGCCACUGGCCUGCUGCCGGAUCAGAUCCAUCUGCUUUGCUGCCGCUAGAGCGAUUUGCUGCUGCUAUAAAGCCAUCUGCUGCCAUCUGUUGCCAUUGCUAUUGCUACUGUUCCCGGGGAACGAGGAUGGGGGGCAAAAUCCCCGUAAAAAAUCCCCACGGGAUCCCCGUCCCCAUGACUCACGGGGACGGGGAUGGUGAAGGGGUCCCCGAUCCCGCGAGCCCCGUUGACAUCCCUACCCAUGGACGACCACGCCCACUUGUCUUGAUUCGCGAGACAGCACGUGGCAUCAAAGCGUAACGACCGUUAAGCCACGUGCGUACCCUUUAAUUUAUUUUUCAGUUUUGUAAGAUCCUCACACAAAAAAAAUAUUUUCAAUUUA